AUGGGGCAUCAGUGGUCCAGUAGAUCCUAUCAAGGAACAAUUUUUCGAAGUAGAUUUAUUCUUAAUACACCACUUGGGCGAGGAUGUUUAAACCAACUCGGAGGAGUAUAUUUGAAUGGCCGCCCUCUCCCUGCAAAUAAAAGGAAAGUUAUGAUUGAGUUGGCAUCAGAGGGUGUGAGACCAUGCGAGAUCUCCAGAAUUCUGAAGGUUUCUAAUGGCUGCGUCAGUAAGAUCCUGGGUCGGUACCAGAAGACUGGGCUCCUUGGUCCCAAAGCAGUAGGUGGGAGCAGACCACGCCUCCUCACCACAGAUGUUAUCGCCUGUAUAACCAAAUACAAGCAAAGAAACCCCACGAUGUUCGCCUGGGAAAUUCGGGAAAAGCUGUUGGCAGACGGAGUGUGUAGCAUUGAGAAAAUACCCAGUGUGUCCUCCAUUAACCGUACUCUGAAGAAGUUCCAGUAUAACCACGGCAUGGAAGGACUGACAGGUUCAUGGGAAAGCCACAACAGUGCAGAGAAAGUAUGGGAAAUAAUGAUUGGGGAACGGCAGGAAAAGAGGUUGAAUAAUGUGGAACAGACAGAUCUAAGACAACCAGGGAUUCAUCAGGGCAACUCCCAAAACCGUAACAGAACAACAUUCAGUCCAGAACAAUGUGAAGUGUUAGAGCAAGAAUUUCUCAAAGGGCAAUAUCCAGACCUUUUAACACGGGAAAAAAUUGCUACAGAGACCAGUCUACCAGAGGACACUGUAAAGGUGUGGUUCUCCAACAGAAGAGCAAAGCUAAGACGAGAAAUCAAUGCCAAACACGAUGUCCGUGAAUCAAAAGACAAAUAA